AUAUCAUAAUUUAAAGUGUUACAUUUCAAUGUAAAAAUACAUAGAUAACUAUUGAAAUAGUUUGUCUACAUAAAUAUUAGUCCGCCAAACAUAAAAACUACCAAUACACAGUUCUGAAUCCCUUUCUAUAAAUAGCACAAGAAAGAAGCCACAAAUCAACUCUGUCCUUAGCUAAAAACAGAAAACAGAGAGACCAAACAAUCACAUACUUUAAAAAAAGAANACAUCAUGUUACAAAAACUGCUUCUCAUUUGUCUCAAUCUCUUUGCAUUGUUUGCUCAAUCCAUUCGUUUGAUCAGCACAACUCAUGAGCCUAAUGUUAAGGGACUGUUUGUUUUCGGAAGCUCUGUGGUCGAUAACGGCAACAACAAUUUCCUAACGAACACGCGAGCCAGAGCCGAUUAUUUGCCUUACGGACUCGAAUUUUCACUCGGGCCUACGGGCCGAUUUACCAACGGUAAAAACUUUGUCGACUUGUUGGGAGAAAAACUGAGGCUACCAAACUAUAUCCCAGCUUUUUAUAAUCCAUCGACGAGUGGAAGCAAAAUAUUGCAUGGUGUUAACUAUGCCUCUGGUGGCUCUGGGAUUCUUGACAGCACUGGUUUAGUUGCAGGCAAUGUGACAAGCUUGAAUCAGCAAAUAAGUAAUUUUGAGACAGUGACACUGCCAGAUUUGGAGCAGCAAAUUAGUGAGAAAAGCCCUGAAAAGAUUCUGUCUGAAUUUCUAUUUGUGGUGGGGAGUGGAGCAAAUGACUAUACAUUUAAUUACUUUCUGGGAUUUGCUGGUAAUGUCACUGUUGAAGCUUUUACUGCUAACCUAACUUUCAACCUCUCUAACCAACUCAAGAGGCUUUACAGUUUGGGUGCUCGUAAAUUUGUCCUAUUGGCAAUCAAUCCAAACGGCUGCAGCCCAAUGGCUAUAUCCCGAGUCCCGGCAAAUAGCAGUUGUGUCGAAAGUCUAAACCGAGCAGCUGAGCUGUUCAACAACCGGUUGAGGGACUUGGUGGAUGAUAUCAGGCCUCAAAUCCCCGGUUCUAACCUCGUUUUUGUCAAUGCCUACAAAAUUAUUAGCGAUAUCCUAAGAUUUCCUCGUCUAAGAGGUUUUCGUAAUACCAAUAGCUCUUGCUGUGAAGUGAUCCCGAUAAGUCAAGGUGGGACGGGAGUUUUAUGCAGACGAGAAGGCUCGGUUUGUCCGAACAGAGACGAAUACGUGUUUUUCGACGGCUUGCACACAACAGAGGCUGUAAAUGAAAUAGUUGCCACUAAAGCUUUUGAGUCCAUCCUUAGAAAUGAGGUCUACCCUUUUAAUGUCAGGUGGCUUUCACAUAUAUGAAUUUUUUUUAUUUUUUUUUCUUGUUCUUUUUGGCAAGAGGCUUUGGCAUUUUAGUCAAGUGAAAAAAGUCAACCAGUGACAGUAAAAUAAAUUAUUGAAAAGGGUGGAAUGAAAUUAAUGUAUUUACUUGUGGAGACAUUUUUCUUAUUCGGUCAACCAC